AUGUUUAAGAAAGUUGCAAUAGGAAUAUCUGGAGGUGUUGAUAGUGCAGUUGCGGCUCUUCUUUUAAAAAGAUCAGGGUUUAUUGUUGAAGGAGUAUUCAUGAAAAACUGGGACAAUAACUAUGAAGCAGGAUUUUGUUCAGAUAAAAAAGAUUUUGAAGAUGCCGCAUUUGUCUGCCGUAAGCUCAGUAUUCCUUUGCAUAAAGUACACUUUAUUAAGGAGUAUUGGAAUGAGGUGUUCACUGUGUUAUUACAAGAAUACGAAACAGGAUUAACUCCUAACCCUGACAUACUGUGCAACCGAUAUAUUAAAUUUGAUAGUUUUUUUGAACAUUGCAGGAACAAUUUAGGAGUUGAUGCUAUAGCCACUGGUCAUUAUGCUAACACCUCUUUUGGUCCUUUUCUAGAAUAUUAUAAACACAAUGAAGGUGUAAGACUUUUACAGCCUGUUGAUAAGCACAAGGAUCAAACAUUCUUUUUAUCACAAGUGAAGCAACUUGCACUUAGAAAAUGUAUGUUUCCAAUUGCAAAUAUGUUAAAAACAACUGUAAGAGAUAUAGCUAGAAAAGAGGGAUUAUUACAAAUUGCAAAUAAAAAAGACAGUACUGGAAUUUGUUUUAUAGGAAAAAGGAGAUUCCAAGAUUUUAUUGAUGAUUUUAUUCAAACUAAAAAAGGUCUCUUCAUAGACAUUGACACUGGGCAGGUUGUAGGGGAACAUGAAGGAAUACACAAGUGGACGGUUGGACAAAGGUGCUGUCUAUCAAAUUGGAGACAUCCUUAUUUUGUGUUUAAGAAGGACUUAGAUACAAAUGAUAUUUAUGUGGUUGCUGGCACUGAACACCCUGCUCUUUGGAAUAAUUUAUGUUUUACAUUAGCACCUCACUGGAUACAUAGUGAACCUUAUGAACUGCAUUCCAACAAUGUGCUGCAUUGUUAUUUUAGAUUUCAACAUACAAAACCUUUAGUGCCAUGUAGAGUUGUUAAUAAUUCUGAAGGAUUAACUAUUCUUUUAGAAAAGAGUUUAAGAGCUCUCACAGAAGGACAGUUUGCAGUUUUGUAUAAAAACAAUGAAUGCCUUGGCAGUGCUAAAAUAAGAAAUAUUUGUCACAAUUUAGUGUAUUAA